CUCUCAUUAUAUGACAUUUCAUUCUCUCUAAGAGAUUUUCUUAUUCCAAAACAAAUUAAAGAGUACGGCAAAAAUGUCUUUAAUGCCUCUUUUUAACGGUCGCAAAAGCUAUGCACGCAGACAGAAUCCUCCUCGUCAGCCAACAACAACAAUUACGGAUCAAUCCCAAAAAAAUCAGGCUGGACAAGGUCGUUACGAUUCACCAACAAAAGUUACCUAUCAAAUCCAGACAAAUCGAGGUGAGCAUGAUCUUUAUUAUCCACCGACAACAAUUUUUACUCAUCAAUCCCAAAAAAAUCAAGAUCGACAAAAUCUUUAUGAUCCAACAAUAAAAAUCACACAUCAGCCCCAACCAAGUCGAGGUCAACAGGAUCCUUACUAUCCCUCGCAUGAAUUUUAUCUUGAAAACCCUCGAUCUCUCAUAGCACCAGCACUAUCAUUCCCACAUGAACCUCCAUCACUAGCUCCAAUUGAGUAUAAAGCAACCCCAGAGGCACAUGUUUUUAAAGUUAAUUUGCAUGGAUACAAGAAAGAAGAAGUGAAGGUUGAAGUUGAAGAUGACAGUGUCCUAAAGAUUACUGGGGAGAAAAAGAUAGUACAAAAAGGAUAUGACAAUUGGCACCAUUUCCAGAGAAGAAUUGGGAAGUUUUCUACUACUUUUAAUUUGCCUGUCGAUGCUAGGGCUGAUAAAGUGAAGUCAACAAUGGAGAAUGGAGUGCUUAUUAUCACUGUUCCUAAGAUGGGAACCAAGAAAGCACACGUUAGAACAGUUCGAAUAUCCUGAUAUAUAUAAUUAUAUUUCGUGUUAAAAAAUGUUACUAUUAUUGAACCGUUGAAUAGAGGCUAUAUCAGCAUCUAUUAAUAUAGUGAUGUUAAAUAAGGAGGAAAAAAUAUAAAGGAAAGUUGUAAGGUCUUUAGUAAUUUCUAAUGGAUAUGACGAUGGAUUGAGCAUGCUUGUGUAAUAGUAGCAGCUACUUAAUAAAUAAAAGGGUAUUUCUUUCAUAAUUA